AUGCUUGGCAAGAUCCUCCUCACCAUCGAUUCUCUCUUCCUCCUCUUCGCUACCCCGGCGGCCGACUACAGCGAAACCCACAUCUUUAACCCGGCCUGGAAGCCCCAUGCAAAGUUUCACUGUGGCCAGACUAUCACCAUCUCCGUCGUCAUGGGUCUGGCUACCCUCUUCUACACCUGGUUUCCUUCCGGCCGUAUUUCAAAAUCAGGUCCGGUCCCCAUACCAGCCAUACUGGCCGAGAGACGUGAGCGGAUGAAGGAAUCUUUCCGAACGGCUGGGUUCCUCGGAAGUGUCUACUGGUUGGCAGGUGUGGCAGCAAUCCUGUAUCCCAACACUGCAGGAACCGAUCCUGAGUUCGGCAAGAUCACCGACUUUCCUCAGGGAAAGCUGUUCCCGACAUUGGCUGCUUUAGCCAUCUUGGGGGCAUGGCUCGAGACGAGGCGUCUUAACAGGCUCCAGGCGUGA